AUUUAAGAGUUUCUUGCACGAUACUUCGAGCAUACGACAAAAUAAGAAGAAGUUGUCAAUGUCAACGCUAUUGGCAUUAUAAAUGGAACGAAAUUUCAUGACGACUCUAUAAUCAUUUUCUUGGCAAGACCUCAAGAUCACUUAUAAUCGUAAGACACAUUGUUCAUAAUCCCCCAGAAUCAGUUCCCGUCACAGAGUUAGAUCUUCAAUGGCUCAACACGGAAACGGCGCGCUGAACAGGACUUCCUUCCAUUUCCAACCUCAUAGAAACUGGAUCAACGAUCCAAACGCGCCAAUGUAUUACAAAGGAUUCUACCAUAUGUUCUACCAGCACAAUAACUUGGCUCCCCGAUUCAGUGAGAUAAUGAUAUGGGGACACUCUGUUUCACAAGACAUGGUCAACUGGAUCCAACUCGAACCAGCCUUUGUUCCUACUGAGUCCUUUGACAGACACAGCUGCUGGUCUGGAUCCGCCACUAUCCUCCCUGAUGGCAAACCGGUAAUUCUAUACACUGGACUCGAGGAGCACGAGGAGCUCGACAGACGCCAGGUUACAGUUCUUGCCGAACCUAAGGAUGCUUCCGACCCUCUGCUUCGUGAGUGGGUAAAGCCAAAGAACAAUCCUGUGAUGCUUCCGCCACACGACGUCCCUCACGAUUGUUUCCGUGACCCUACGACCGGGUGGCAAGGACAAGAUGGGAUAUGGAGAGUUAUCGUGGGAGCUAAGGAGAUAAAUACUGAAAGAGGAAUGGCUGUUUUGUACAGAAGUAAAGACUUUGUGGAAUGGACUAAGUAUCCGACUCCUUUACUUGCGACACAAGACACAGGAAUGUGGGAAUGCCCUGAUUUUUUCCCGGUUUCUUUGACCGGUAAAGAAGGUGUAGAGACAUCGGUGAACAAUGCUAGUGUAAAGCAUGUCUUGAAAGUGAGUUUUGGAGGUCAUGAUUGCUAUGUUAUUGGUACAUACUCUUCUGAGAGUGAAGACUUUGCAGCUGAUUCUGAGUUCACUAACACAACUGCGGAUUUGAGGUAUGAUCAUGGAACGUUCUAUGCUUCUAAGGCCUUCUUUGACAGUGUUAAGAAUCGGAGGAUCAACUGGGGAUGGGUUAUAGAGACUGAUAGCGUUGAAGAUGAUCUCGAGAAAGGAUGGUCUGGCCUUCUGUCUCUUCCUAGGGAGAUGUGGCUUGACACAAGUGGAAAGAGGCUGAUACAAUGGCCAAUAGAAGAAAUCAACUAUCUUAGGACUAAACAAGUUAGCUUGGAUAACACGCAUCUCGCAGGCUGCUCGAUUCUUGAAAUAUCAGGCAUCACUGCAGCACAAGCUGACGUAGAAGUGACUUUUGAUCUGCCUGUUCUGGAAGGCAACCCCCAAGUACUUGAUUCUGAUCAUGUUGAUGAUGCGGUUUUGUUCGACCGUGACAGCUCGGUUGGAUGUGUUUAUGGACCUUUUGGGUUGCUAGCAUUGGCUACCAGUGAUUUAUCUGAACAAACUGCAAUUUUCUUCAAAAUAAUUCGUCGUGGAAAUGGAUAUUCGGUUGUAAUGGGCAGCGAUGAGAAUAAGUCUUCGUUGAGAGACAACGCAAGGAAAUCUGCACAUGGAACAGUCCUAGACAUUGAUCCACUACAUGAGAAGAUAUCAUUGAGAUGUUUGAUUGAUCACUCUAUUAUAGAGAGCUAUGGAGCAGGAGGAAGAAAUGUGAUUACUUCUAGGGUGUAUCCCAAAGUAGCAAUUGGUGAAGCAGCUAAGCUUUACUUGUUCAAUGAUGGAACAAGGGGUGUGAACAUAUCGUCUAUGGAAGCUUGGAGCAUGAGAAAUGCUGAAGUCAAUUUAAACGCACUUUAAUUUAUCAGUAACAAUGCUGCUAAUAAUAAUAAUAAUCUUUGGACUGCCUAAAGAUGAUUCCAGUACUUUUAUGAGUUUGUUUUAAGAUUUAUCCGUGUUUUGUGUUCAAGAUAUUGGUGUGUGUGUUUUUCUUUUCUUCUUUUAAAUCUAAGUUAUGUGUUUAUCAUAA